AUGAAGUUGCUCAAAAGCCAGAUUGAACAAAAAACAGGCGCGGGCUUCGUCACCCUGCUGCCUGAAGAGCCUGAGGAUAUGUGGCACGCCUAUAACCUGAUCCAAGAACACGACCAAAUACGCGCCAAGGCAGUCCGACGAGUCUCAAAGACAUCAGAUGCCGGCUCCACGUCGUCGCAAAGAAUCGCUCUGGACCUCACCAUCACCGUAACAUCGACCGAUUUCGACGUCGGCUCCGAACAGCUACACGUUUCCGGUCGCGUAGCAAAAGAGAACGAGCACGUCAAACUAGGGCAGCAUCACACACUUGAUUUGGAGCUGAAUCGCAAAUUUACCAUUGAAAAAGCAGACGGCUGGGAUAGCGUCGCAUUGGAGCAGCUGAAAGAGGCAUGCGAUGCGUCCAAACGCGCAGAACUAUGGGCCGUCGUCAUGGGCGAGGGCGUCGCGCACAUCUGCAUGAUCACAGAACAUCAAACAAUACUGCGACAAAAGAUUGAGGUCUCGGUGCCCAGAAAACGACGAGGUGGCGUCGACGGACACAGCAAAGGCAUGGACAAAUUCUUCUCUACAACGCUCUCCACACUCCUACGGCAAAUUGACCUACCAAAUACCUCCAACACGGCCCAAGGCGGCAAAACGAUCCCCCUCCUACUCGCCAGCCCCGGCUUCGUAGCGACAGCAUUCCUACAAUACAUCAAAGCAGAAGCGACGCGAACAACCAACAAGCCGCUCAUGGCCCUCAUACCCACCAUCAUCAUCGCACACUCGUCAUCAGCGCACACACACUCGCUCAACGAGGUUCUCUCCUCCCCAGCCAUAACAAAUAAACUCUCCGACACAAAGUUUGCGCGCGAAACAGCCCUCAUGGACAAAUUCAGCACCCUCAUGCGCCUGGACGACGGGCGCGCGUGGUACGGACCCCGCGAGGUGGAGCGCGCGGUUGCCAAAGGCGCCGUCGGACGCGGAGGUGGCGUGCUCCUCAUCAACAACGCACUGUUCCGCGCGCAGAAUGUCAAGGAGAGGCGGCGAUGGGUCACGUUGGUUGAUCAGGUGCGCGAUGUAGAGGGUGGUGAGGUGCGCGUUCUCAGCUCGUUGCACGAGUCGGGGAAGCGCCUGGAGGGGCUGGGCAAUGUUGCGGCUAUCCUUACUUAUCCGUUGGAGGACUUGGAUGAGGAUGAUGGGGAGGAUGUUGGGGGUGGCGAGGGGGAUGAGGGCGAGAUGAUAAUAUAA